UGCGCGCGUUGGCGCGAGACGUGCACCUUUUUCGUUCCCGCGUCUCGAAAACGGGCGCGCGACGUCGUUUUAUUCGAUCAUUCCGUUUUAAGAACACGCUCGGCGUUCCCUGAUAUAAUCCCGUGGAUCGCGUCCUCUCGACACGGGCGAAACGGGCGACGGCGAGAUCGGGGUCGUUCCGCUCGACGCCUCGUUUUCCAGACGUGGGAACGAAAGUGCGAGCGAGAUCGGCUCGCUAAUGAGCGUCUCUCGCGAGAUUCUCUUCGUCGAGAGGCUCGGAAACAUCGAGAUUCUCCAAGGCGGGAUGUUGCUGAGUAGCGCGAGCAGCGGUUGACAUUCGUAAAAUGAGCGCACCUGCUGAACCCGGCGGGCAAGACACGAUGUCCACUACGUCGAUAACGAGUCUGACGGUGAAGACGCGGGUGUACGACGGCCAGAAGCCGGGCACCUCGGGUCUGCGUAAAGCCGUGAAGGUCUUUCAGCAGGAACACUACACGGAGAACUUUGUCCAGGCGAUACUGCUUGCUCUGGGCGAUCAACUGGCCGGCUGCACCCUCGUCGUCGGCGGCGACGGACGAUUUUACGGAAAGGAAGCGGUGACGAAGAUCAUACGUAUCGCCGCGGCGAAUGGGGUGAGAAAACUGAUAGUUGGACAGAAUGGCAUUCUCUCAACACCGGCGGUGUCGACCAUAAUUCGAAAGUAUAAAACGCACGGCGGGAUUGUUUUAACUGCGUCGCACAAUCCUGGCGGGCCCGAUGCUGACUUUGGCAUUAAAUUCAAUUGCGAUAACGGCGGCCCGGCUCCCGACAACGUGACGAACAAAAUCUACGAAAUCACCAAGACACUUCAGAGCUACAAGAUUAUUCCCGAAUUCGCCAUAGAUAUUGACAAAAUAGAAAACACAUCGAUCGAAGUCGACGGUAAACCGUUCACCGUUGACGUGAUCGAUUCCGUGAACGAUUACGUGGAACUCAUGAGGAACAUUUUUGAUUUUGCGAGUAUAAAAACGUUGUUGCAAGGAAGCGCGGACAGGCCGGCGUUCAAGAUUCUCAUCAAUGCGAUGAAUGGAGUUACGGGACCGUACGUUAAACGUAUAUUUAGCAGCGAAUUAGGCGUCGAUGACUCGAGUUUAGUCAAUAUAAAGCCAUUAGAAGAUUUCGGUGGUUUGCAUCCCGAUCCAAAUUUAACUUAUGCCAAAGAUUUAGUGAAUGCUAUAAAAGAGGGACCGUACGAUUUCGGUGCGGCUUUCGAUGGAGACGGUGACAGAAAUAUGAUCUUGGGCAAGAAAGCCUUCUUCGUUACUCCCUCCGAUUCCUUAGCGGUGUUAGCUGCUAAUCUAAAAUUAAUUCCAUAUUUCCAAAAGACUGGCGUCAAAGGAUACGCUAGAUCCAUGCCAACAGCCGCGGCUGUCGAUAGAGUUGCCGCGAAGAAUGAAAUGAAAUUCUUCGAAGUGCCCACCGGAUGGAAAUACUUCGGAAAUUUGAUGGACGCUGGGCAACUCUCGUUAUGCGGCGAGGAGAGCUUCGGUACCGGUUCCGAUCAUAUUCGCGAGAAGGACGGAAUAUGGGCUUGUCUCGCAUGGCUCAAUGUGAUCGCGGGGCUCGGCAAAUCUGUAGAAGACAUUUUAUUAGAUCAUUGGAAAGUUUAUGGUAGAAACUUCUUUACUAGAUAUGAUUAUGAAAAUUGCGAUUCCGCAUGCGCGGACAAAAUGAUGCAGAGCAUCGAGACUCUGAUCCAGAAGCCGGAAUUUAUCGGCAGAAAAUUGCAGUACGAAGGCAAAAUGUACGUGGUCAAGCACGCGGACAAUUACUCAUACACGGAUCCCGUUGACGGUAGCAAAGCUGCGAAACAGGGUCUACGGAUAUUGUUCGAGGACGGUUCCCGCAUAAUAUUCCGCUUAUCCGGAACGGGAAGUUCGGGCGCCACUAUCCGUAUGUAUAUCGACAGUUACGAAAAUGAUCCGGCUACUUUUGUGAAAGACGCACAACUCGUCUUGAAACCUUUAAUUAAUAUAGCGUUAGAAUUAAGCGAACUUCGUCAGCACACCGGACGCGACGCACCGACUGUGAUCACAUAAAGCGUCGCGUUCGUUUAUCUCUUUCAUCGCGUGGAAACAAUUGUCUCUCAUUGUCGACAGUUAUUUAUUGGAAAAGAUUUCUACAGCGAAAAAAAAAAAAACGUAAAGAAUUUAUUUUUGGGUUUUUACGGAGAUGAUACGUCCGCGAGAUUUCCGUUGUUCACAAAAUGCUCACAAAGCAAUAGGAAAUAAUUGUGUCGUUGGCAACAAUUGUGUGCGCGAGUGAAUUUUCCAUUUUUAUAAAAAUGUUUCCGGUUUCUCCCUCUAUGUCGCAACAACACGCGCAAUUCCAUCCAUCCUAUUGAUAUACACAUACGUUAAGCAAAAAAAAAGAAAAAGAAAAAAAAAAGAAAAAAAACCAACUUUUCGUGCAAAACUUUUUCAAUAUGCAUAUCUGAGUAGCGACUAAAAUGUUUAAACAAAAAAAAUCUACAUACUAGAUGCUCGGUAUUGAUGUGUUACAUUGCUUGAAUCUUUACAUUUACAAUCGAUAAGAGUCGAGAUGCAAAUCAAAUUUAUUUGAAAUCUCUCCGAGUGAGAUAUACGCGUCGAUAGUACGUAGUCCUGGUUCCGCGCCGAUCGUUCGAUACGCGUGUCGCGUACAGUACCAUCUCACGUACGUAAAACUCGCAAAGAUUAGAUUGUUGACAGCGCUGCUGUCGAACAAAAACUUUCAUUAUAAACAAAUUUUAUAUCAUAACGACACGUACGUUUCGCACUCAUAUGCUUAGCGUUAAAUUAUUACUCUUGUGUAUUGUAUCGGGUGUGUGUAGACAUUCUACAUGUACUGGAAAAAAAAAAAAAAGCUUUUUUGUGAAAAUGUUUUGUGACGCAACAUAUUGUUUUGUCAAAAAUAAUAUUGUUGAUGCGCAAAACUAUCUAGUUGUUGCCGCAGUAUAUAAUAAAUUAAAAAAAAAAAAAAAAAAAUGAGUGUAGGAGACGGUAUUUAUAGUGAGAUUGCUUGAGAUCGUCUUUAUUUACACAUGUACGCGUUUCAUAUGCAAACACGUAAAUAUAAAUAAGACGGUCUUCUUUCUCGAAGAAACGACUACGAAUACCGUUCUGUGUCUUCUAUGUAGGAAAUGCGUAGACGUUCGUCUGAACAAAUCGGUCGCGAGUAUGUAAACGUUCUGAAUUUAUUUGCCGUUAGAAAAAAAAAAAA